AUGGCUGCGUCAACUGGGUCGACGAAGCUAGAUGGCCUGGUACAAAAGGCUUCUGCAAACACCCCAGAGAAGCUGAGCGGUCUUGCACUCUACUCGAGAUUCGCAUUGGCUGGUGCAAUCUGCUGCUCGGUCACUCAUGGAGGUCUCACACCUGUUGACGUUGUCAAGACACGGAUACAACUCGAUCCCAUUACCUACAACAAGGGAAUGAUUGGAGGCUUCCGUCAAGUCAUUAAGAACGAAGGCUAUGGCGCACUUGCGACUGGCUUUGGCCCUACCGCUGCUGGAUACUUCCUGCAGGGUGCUUUCAAGUUCGGGGGAUACGAACUCUUCAAGCAACAAUGCAUCACCUAUUUUGGCUACGAGACCGCAUCGAAUAAUCGGACGGCGGUCUACCUAGCUUCAUCGGCUUUGGCAGAAUUCUUUGCCGACAUUGCACUCUGCCCACUGGAGGCCACCAGGAUUCGACUUGUCUCUCAGCCUACUUUUGCUUCUGGCCUGUUGAGCGGAUUUGGGAAGAUCUACAAGCAGGAGGGUGUUGGUGCUUUCUACUCAGGAUUCGGACCGAUUCUCUUCAAGCAGGUGCCCUACACAAUGGCCAAGUUCGUGGUCUACGAAAAGGUUGCAGAAGCCGUCUACCAACGCGUCGACAAGUCUAAGACAUCUGAUGGCAUGCAAACCGUCAUAAAUCUCGGAUCUGGUCUCAUGGCCGGAUUCGCAGCAGCCCUUGUCUCGCAGCCGGCCGAUACCAUGCUCAGCAAGAUUAACAAAACCAAAGGACUACCCGGAGAAGGCACGACGAGCCGUCUCAUCAAGAUCGCAAAGGAGCUUGGACUUCGUGGAAGCUACACUGGUAUCGGUGCUCGUCUCUUCAUGGUGGGAACAUUGACGGCCGGACAGUUUGCUAUUUACGGUGAUAUCAAGAAGUUUCUUGGUGCCACUGGUGGCGUAGAGAUUGCGAAAUGA